AUGUCUUUUGGCCAGACUGAUCUGGCCAGCAUGACAUUUUUAAACAACGCGGCAAAGAUGCGGUCCUGGCUCUCUUUUCUAAGACAAGCAAAAAUAACUGAGCCUACAAUUCACCACUACCUGAGGAAUGUGGCUCAGUUUCUACAGUUUGUAAAUGAAACCCCUCCGCCCACUUGCCGGCUCUCCCGCGUCUCCUUAUUUGGCCUCCGAAGGGAGAUCCAGUCCAUCAUCCGCCCGGUAAGGCGCAGCGUGGCGGUCCACCAGGUGGCUGUGAAACAGGCCAAGGAGGGCCGCCUCAUUUCCAAAGCCACGCUGCGUGCUUGCCGGGAGGCGGCCAAGAAGAGGAUCCCUGAGAUUUUGAAUCGCCUCGAGACAGCAGCGGAUAAGAAAGACCAGUGGUCUUUUUAUGGGCACCUCACCGCGUAUUGGGCCAGUAUUUAUGGACACCGCGGUGGGGUGUUCCAGAACCUUACCAUUAAGGAGGUGGAGGACUCCAGGAGGACCUUAACUGAGGACAAAUUUGUCAUCAACAUAUCGGCCCACAAGACAAACCAGGCCUUCGGUCCCGCCCAGCUGGCCCUUGACCAGGAAGAAUAUGGGUGGCUUCAGCAGUUCAUUUCACUGAGGUCCACCUUGGUGGGUGGCAAAAACGCCCACUACUUUUUUUUCACGUCAAAACUCAGCUCCUGCAGGAACCUCAAUCAGUAUUUUCAGGAGGCUUGGAGAUCGAUGGGCUUGCCUGGGACGCCCACGUUCACCGAUUUGAGGACCUCCAUCGCCACCCACGCGAAGAACACCCACUGCCCAGAGAACAGGCACAAAGUGGCACAGUUUAUGUGCCAUGACACCGCCACGGCUGACAGGUUCUACGCUUUGAACCUCGAUGCAAAGCAGGCGGCGGAACACCGCCACUUGUUUGAGGCAGCCUUGGAAGGUGAGGAUGGGGCGCCAGUGCCUGGGACGCCAAAGCGCCCCGCUAAACCGCGCAAGCGGCCGGCCAGCCUGUCCCCCUCCGCCAGCCUGUUGUCCUCUGCCAGCCCUGGUGAAGCAAGCCCAGAGUCCGGGGAGUCUGUUUCGGAGAGAGACCCGGAAACCCCAGAAAAAAAGAGACGCUUCAACCCGAAGAAGACCUUGGGACAAAAGUUUUCACCGUACGUGCGGCUCUCCCCACUUAAAUCGCCACCGCAGCAACAGGCUGCGCAAAAACUCGUGGGACUGGCAAAAAGGAGACUGAGGGUCUCUCAAAGGCCCCUUUUGUAA